AUGUCGGGCGGCAGGAGGAGACGGCUUGUGUGGAGCCUCCCCGUGGCGAGGUCGGAUGUGCUCGGCAAGCUGGGCCCUGCCUUCGGCAUCGGCGCCGGCUGCGGCGUGGGCGUGGGCUUCGGCCUCAUCGGAGGUGCAGGAAUUGGAGCUGGAUUCCCUGGUUUACAGUUGGGAUUUGGAGCUGGAGCUGGAUGUGGAAUAGGAAUAGGUUUUGGUUAUGGCUUUGGAAAAGGCGUUGCAUAUGAUGAAAGAGGAAGGUAUUCGAACAUCAGGAGACCAUUUCAGAACUCCAGAAGCAUUGCUUACGAUGAACAGUUUGAUAUCAUGUUUGAUGAACUGAUGGAGAGCACGAGGAAGCUGAUCAAAGCAACACCAAAGGAGAUCGACAAGUGGAGGCGGAUGUAG